UACAACAUACCUAUCAAUGUGAAAUUUAGUUGAGUUGAAUUUCAAAUUUGUCACUUCGAAUAUUAUAUUUAAUUCGGAAUGGCUUCCCUUUUAUUAAAAAAAGCUUUAUUAAAUAAACCAAAUAAAUUUAAGAAUACUGUUGCUAUAAUAUCGAAUGCAACAAGAAACCAUUGGAAUUAUCAGUACAAACCUGGCCCAUACCCAAAAACACCGGAAGAAAGGGCUGCUGCAGCAAAAAAAUAUGGUAUGCUCAUAGAAGAAUAUCAGCCCUAUCCGGAAGAAAUGGGCUAUGGUGACUAUCCUAAGCUGCCCGACAUUGGAGCGGAUUCAAAAGAUCCGCAUUAUCCUUACGAUUCGCCUGAAUUGAAAAGAAAUUUUAAUGAGCCUCUCAAUGUAAGAUCUGAGAUUAUUGGAGAAGAUCGAUACGACAUAAGCUUCAAACCAAGGAUUCCUGUAUGGCAGCAAUACACAUGGUUUUUCGGAACAAUUGGAGGAUUCACAUUAGGAUACUACUACUUAAACAACUUCAAAUUUGGUAGACCAGUAAUUGCUAAGCAGUACCCCAAGGAUGGUCCUCAUUAUUUAUUUCCGAGCAAUUAAAAUUCUAUAAUAUUUAUGAGCUAAAUAUUAUAACUUAGUUGAGUGUUAAAAUAAAUUAAACAUAAUAUAUCUUG